AUGAUCGUCCUUGAUCAAAUCGCUGCGCCGAUUACGCUGUUCCGUCGGAGGAACCUGCCUCCUACUCUACCGGCUCGAAACCCUUGGACAACUUUGGCUGCGGGAGGAUACUCGGACGACGACCAGUUCCGCCAUCGAUACCAGGCAGCUCUCUCCUCGACAUACACUCCUCCCGCUGGAGCUACGGGCGCCAUCAUCAUGAAGAACAUCCUCUCCAAUCUAGCGGUGGUGCUGUCCGCGUUCACAGCUACAUCCUUUGGCCAAGGCUAUUUGGUUCAUAUGAUCGAGGACAGCGCGGGCGUGAACUCCUGGAAACCGAAAGCUGGCGAUAACCGAGAACGGAGUCCUGAUAUUGCGAAAUUGUUACUAGAGCGGAGAUUGGGAUGGCCUGAAACGUCCUCUACUGUUGGAGAGGUAGACGAAGAGACUAUCCGGGAAUUGAAUUCCUUUGGAGGCCAGCAAGCAUUGCCAUUUGCUGGCACUCCCGAUCCAGAGCAGACACUCAAGUUGCUGUUAAUACUAGAAGGUGUAGGCUCGGAAGAUAUUAAACUCCUAGAGACGACAACACCGCAUGACUUGGCCAUCUCUAGCCCUUCUCCGUUCUAUCUACACGAUUCGAUAUUGUCUCCCUUUGUAUCAGAGAGCUCGCAGGAUAGUCGUAAGCCGACUGUCUGCAUGUAUGGCGAAGACGAGGCUUCUUGCACUGGUUUUGUAGCUCUAAGGAGCCGGAGCUCUGAUGCUUGCCCUCGGGAUACCCAGCUUUACUCUGAAAUGCCAGACUGUACCUCAACCGCGACCAAGAUUCAGAAAUUCAUCGAACAGGUUACCGAAGCUUCUUCCGCAUACAAACAUGCAUCCGUCGUCGUCCGCCUCCGUGCCUCCGGAACCCCUCUGCUUCAAAAUGGAGAACUGUCUACCCUCUUCAAAGCACUGAACGGACUAAGCUCUGACUCCAACGUCGAAUCUACCGUCAUCACCGUCCCAUAUGACGUCUACAUUAAGAACCAGAAACAAAAGCGUUCUGGAGCCGACAAAGCUAAGCUCAAUGCUCGUCAAGCACAGCCAGCCGCUGCUAACAAGGCCGCCCGUGCUGAUUCUACCUCAACAUCUUCGGCCGUACCAUCAUCCACCUUUACCCCAACCGCGCCAUUCUACGUUCCUAUCUGCUACGCCAAGAACGAAACCUGCAUGGAGCGUACAAACAGCUGCUCAGGCCAUGGAUCCUGCUACCUGAAGCGCAGCACGUCAAAGAACUCCACUUCUUCGGAUACUAAAGGUGACGAUUGCUAUGCCUGUAAAUGCCACCGCACCGUGGUUUCAACGACCAAGGAUGGACAAACGAAAACUGUUCAGUGGGGAGGCCCUGACUGUUCGAAGAGAGACGUUAGCAUGCAGUUCUGGUUGAUUGGUGGUAUAAGUUUGCUGCUUGUUAUGGGAGUCGGGUAUGGUAUUGGAAUGCUGUUUAGCAUCGGAGAAGAAGAGUUGCCCGGUGUGUUGAGUGCAGGCGUUGCACCACCCAAGCAGAAGUAA